AUGGAGACCGCGUACUUGGCGUCCCCCCGUGGGGCAAGCCGCGUUGAGCCCCCCAGAGGCAAAAGCUGUGGGGGCGAGCCCCGUCCCCCACCGCUGCCGGCCGAACGUUCACCCGAGCAGAACUCGGCAGGCGGCGAUGGCGGCCGCAGGAACCCUGGUGUGAAGAAACACCACCACAAGCACAACCUGAAGCACCGCUACGAGUUGCUGGAGACGCUGGGGAGGGGCACGUACGGCAAAGUCAAGAAGGCCAUUGAACGCCACUCAGGCAGAGAGGUGGCAAUCAAGUCUAUUCGAAAGGAGAAGAUCAAGGACGAGCAGGACAUGGUUCACAUCCGCCGCGAAAUCGAGAUCAUGUCAUCACUCCGUCACCCGCACAUCAUCUCUAUAUAUGAAGUGUUCGAGAACAAGGACAAGAUCGUGAUAGUUAUGGAGUAUGCCAGCAAGGGCGAACUGUACGACUACAUCAGCGAGCGGCGGCGCCUGAGUGAGCGAGAGACGCGACACUUCUUUAGGCAGAUAGUCUCCGCUGUGCACCAUUGCCAUAAGAAUGGAGUGGUGCACAGGGAUCUGAAACUGGAAAAUGUGCUACUGGAUGAAAACUGUAAUAUAAAGAUUGCUGACUUUGGCCUGUCCAACCUCUACCACAAAGACAAGCUGCUUCAAACUUUUUGCGGCAGUCCCCUCUAUGCUUCGCCAGAGAUAGUCAACGGGAGACCAUACCGCGGGCCCGAGGUGGACAGCUGGGCACUGGGGGUGCUGCUGUACACCCUGGUGUACGGAACCAUGCCGUUCGACGGAGGCGACCACAAGAAUCUUAUUCGCCAGAUUAGCAACGGUGAAUACAAAGAGCCAACGCAAUCCUCAGAUGCUCGGGGAUUGAUCCGCUGGAUGCUAAUGGUAAACCCCGAGCGCCGAGCCACUGUGGAGGACAUCGCCAAUCACUGGUGGGUGAACUGGGGCUGGAAGAACAGCGUGUGCGACUGCGACGCCCAGCGGGAUCACGGCGGCUCACCUAUGCUGGCCCGCUUCAUCGACUGGCAGAACCGCACUGAGCCACGCGGUCCUGCCGCGGUCCCCCAUCUGAUGCGGCAAAGGCCCAAAAAAUCGAAAAAGGAAAACGUGGAGGAGAGUGUCCAGACGCACGGUGGUGGCGAAGACAAACCGGGACUGAAGAGACCCAAAGGCAUUCUGAAGACCAGGGUGGCAGGAGAGCAGCAGUCAGCCGGUGUUGAUGAGGUCCAGACAACCGGGCCUGAACAGGCGGAAGGUGGCGGCGAGGCCUCGAGUCCGGAUCGAGAGGAAGAAGAAACUCCUUUUGGGGGAGGCUCACCGGCAAAGAUGGUGCCCACUCUGCCCAAAAAAGGCAUCUUGAAAAACAACCAACAACGGGAAUCAGGGUACUACUCCUCCCCCGAGCGCAGCGAGUCUUCGGAGCUCCUGGGCGGAGUCAGCAUGACUCUUCUCGCCACCUCGCCGCCCAAGAGAGUCAUGGGAAGAAAGGGCAUCUUGAAACGCAACGGCAAGUACUCAACCUACAGCGGCCCUCCCACGGCAGCGGCACUGGCAGCCGGGGGAGCUCUCGGCGAGCCCCCUUCCGCCACCGACUCGGGACUGUCGCGCAGUCAGAGUCGACCGUCAAGCAUCGUUGGGGAAGACGGCUCCACCAAGGCCGCCGAGUGGCAUCCCUCCACGCCACACUCGCGCCCUAACAUCCGGGCGUGCGUGUCGGCCGAGAACCUGCUUCAUCUGGCCAACUUUGCGGGCUUUCAGCCUGCACCCCCCACUCUUCAGGGUCCCAAAUUCGGCCGCAGCCCCAGAAGCAAAGGCUCCCCGCAGGACAAUGGCAGCUUCUCGUUGCUGGGGGAUCUGGAGGACAUGACUCAGGUGUACCAGCAAGCCCUGGACAUCAGCAGCAACCUCACCUAA